AUGUCAUCAGAUAGAGAGAAGAGUAGAAAUACGCUCAGACAAAUGUUUGACAAGUUUGAUCAUGACAAGGAUGGGUCGAUCAACAAGACUGAACUAAAGAAAGGUUUCAAAGACUUUGGAUUAGACGUUUCAGAUGAUCAAAUUCAUAAGAUGAUGGAUAUUGCAGAUAGCAAUAAGAAUCAUACAAUUGAAUGGGACGAAUUCUAUCAUAUUCUUCAAGCAUCGAAAUCACAAGAAGUAUCAGAUAUCGCAGAGCAUUGGUUACAAUUUAGUAGCAAGCCUAUUAUACAUGCACCACAAGAGACACCAUCAUGGAAGUUACUUAUAGCCGGUGGCUUUGCAGGUGCAGUCUCACGUACUUGCACUUCACCACUUGAACGUCUCAAGAUCCUUCGUCAAGUGUCAUCGAUGAAUCUCGAGAGCGGUGCUCCACAAUAUGGUAGUGUCUUUACGUCACUCAGAACAAUGUACCGUACAGAGGGACUCAUGGGUCUAUUCAAGGGAAAUGGAACCAAUGUCAUUAGAAUCGCCCCUUAUUCGGCCAUUCAAUUUUUAGCAUACGAAAAAUACAAAGAGUUUUUAAUGGAAGAUGGAAAAAAACAUUUAACAACUGCACAAAAUCUAAUUGUUGGUGGUGCAGCUGGUGUAACAUCAUUAUUAUUUACUUAUCCACUCGAUCUCAUUAGAGCUAGACUUACAGUACAAAUCAACGAACAAAAAUACAAUGGAAUUCUCAAUACCUACAGAACGGUUGUCAAAGAAGAAGGUUAUGCAGGUUUAUAUAAAGGUUUAUUUACCUCUGCAUUGGGUGUAGCACCAUAUGUAGCCAUUAAUUUUACAACAUACGAAUCAUUAAAAUAUUUUUUCACACCCGAAGGAGAACAUUUAUCUGUACCACAAUCUCUUUUAUAUGGAGCCGUCUCUGGAGCCACCGCACAAACAUUCACCUAUCCAAUCGACUUGCUGCGUCGACGUUUGCAGGUCCAGGGUAUUGGAGGCAAGCCAGCAGUCUACUCUGGUCCUUUUGACGCAUGCAAAAAAAUAGUUCAAGAAGAGGGUGUCAAGGGUCUAUACAAGGGUAUGAUCCCAUGUUAUCUCAAGGUCAUCCCAGCCAUCAGUAUCAGCUUUUGUGUAUAUGAACUCAUGAAAAAUCUUUUAGGAAUAGAUAGUAAAAAGGUUUCUUAUUCGUCUGGUUAA